GCUAGAACGUGACAACACUGCGAUUCCGUGAUCGACACACUUUCUAUUGGCGAAUCAUAGCUUUACAAUUCCUUAGCUAGUUUCUACCUAAAGCCAGUGACCCCAGUUCAAAUGCGUCUCUACAGCGGCCUAUCCGGCGCGAACCACCGCGUCUGCGCCUGGAUGAGCCCUGAAUCGCAGAGAUGUGCCGUCACCCGGACCCCUGAAAGGAUCCUUCGCCAGGGGGUGAGCACGGGGAUCUGAAUUACUAAAAAUCGUGCAUGCGUUCUGCAACCAAGUGCCUCUGAUCCCACACCUCUUAUGGGUGCCAGAAUCCCUUCUUUUCUCUCUCUCUAUUCCCCUUUUCCAAAAUAUAUCCUAACCGCGCAUGCACAUCGUACCCGUAAGGUGACCAAUUCAAAGACGGGCAAGCCUCCAGCCUCAACUGCGGACAACUAGCGGCUGCGUCACAGCCACAGGGGCCGCCCUCCUGCUCCAUAAAACCCGCCGGAAGCGGAACCCGCGCGCGCCGUUCCCGUCCUUCUUAGUUGCCCCCGGGCCGCGACCUCAUCCCGCCGCGAAAGUCGUGUUGAGGUUCCGAACCAUCUACGCCCGCUUGCUUUCUCGUGAUCCCGUCCUCGUUCGGGCCCCGAAUUCACCCAGCCCCGGGCAUAACGUCUCGCUUGGCAUCUCUGUACAACGACAAUUCUAGACUUCGGAUCUCUUCGAUCCCGCCCCGCCGGAUCCCCCUCCGAGAGUCUUGUACCCUUGGACCCUUGCUCCUCGGGUACGACCUACCCUUAAAGUGAAGCCAUCUGAUCACAUUUGGAAAUAUUUCGCCGAGCCGCAAUGGACACCGGAUCUUCUGCCGGGGCUGGUGCGGGUCUCUCCGCUGCUGGCGGCGUGGGCGGCGCCAAUCUCCCCAUCAAACGAGCGUGCGAUGCUUGUCGUGCCCGUAAAAUUCGCUGUGAUAGAGAGGAACCAUGUGCUCACUGCCAGCACGCCGGCAUCGAGUGUAAGAACACGUCGGGGCUCAAGCCCAAAGAGAAGAGAACUCGCAUUCUCAUCACUCCUCAAUAUGAGAAGAAGAUAGACUUAAUAGACCGCCGCCUCGACGGCGUAGUCCGCCUCCUCGAAGACCUAAAACUCCAGUUCCCCCUCCAAGCACCAUCAGCAGCACCGUCAACAGCACCGUCAGUCUCGGGAUCAACCGCCACCCCCGGCGGGGGAGCAGGAGGGGUAGUAUCAGGGGGCCCGCCGGCGCCCAUCCAGCUCAAGACCGUGGCUUCAUCAUCCUUAUCAACAACGCCAGCCAGCACGUCCACGCAGCAGCAGCACACGACGGACCCCCUGGUCGAGGGCGAGUCCUCCAUGACGGCUCAGUCCAUCUUCGCCCACGACUUCCUCCGCAAGACCGUCGGCGACGGGUCCUCGGUGCUCGAGAUGCGCGAGACCCUCGACGCCCUGCACUCGCUCGUCGAGGCGCUCCGGCACCAGCCCGCGUCGCACGAGCUGACGUACCCGCAGGCGAAGCCCGUGGCCCGGCCGGCGUUUGGCGACUGCGAGAUGCCGCCCGUGCAGUCCGCCGUCAACAUCAUCCGCGAGGCAAAGGCCCAAAAGACGCUGGGCCUCGAGUGGGUGACGACGUUCCUCCACCCGGACCACUUCACGGACCUGGUCCUCAAGGUCUACUUUGCGCCGACAGAGUUCAACGAGGCCGAGUUCAUCAUCGUCAACGCCGGCCUCGAGAGCCUGUACACCGACAUGACGCAGUCCAAGACGGCGAGCGCGCAGCUCAGGGAGGAGUGCGCCAAGAUGGGCACCCUCUGCCGGGGGAACCUCCAGACCGCCCUCGCCAACCUGCCCCUGCACCUCCCGGCCACGAUGGACAUGAUUGUGGCCCUCCUGUUCGGGGCCUACCACGCAAUGGAAGUAGCAAAACCAAGCCUCGCCUGGACACUGAACGUGGCCUCGGCCCAACUCUGCCAAACCCUAGGCUACCACCGUGCAGCCUCAUCAUCAUCCUCGUCCUCUUCAGCCACAACAGGCACAGAAACAGGCCCAGCCGCCACAAACCCAGACGACGAGGAAUACAAAAUCUUCCUCUUCUGGUCCGUCUACUUCAUCGACAAGUCCCUCUCCCUCCGCCUCGGCCGCCCCUCGACGAUCCAGGACUACGACGUCACGGCCCCCUACCCCUCGAGCGCCAGCAAGAUGCACGGCGCCCUCAUGAGCUACUUCCGUCUGUGGGUCAUUGUCUCGCGCAUCCAGGGCAAGACGUACGAGCAGCUGUACAGCCCCGAGGCGAUCGCGCAGCCGAGCGCCGUGCGGGAGGCGAGGGCGAGGGGGCUGGCGGCGGAGCUGAGGAGGGUCACGGACCGGACGCAGGAGACGCAUUCGCAGUACUUGAAGUCGGCCAUCGAGGCCGUGGGAGAGAACACGAUGGACUUCUUCAACGUGUCGGAUGAGGUCCUGAGGCUAUCGCUGCUGACAAUCAUCUACCGCGCCGUCCCCUCGCCCCCGGGGUCCGCGACGACGUUUGGGACGGAGUGCAUCAACGCCGCGAGGGCGACGCUGCAGCGACACGAGGAUUGCAUGGCCAUCAUGGCGAAGGAUGCGUACUACCUGUUCCCCAUGUACAUGAACUGGACCAUCCUCUUCUCCCCCUUUGUCCCCUUCAUCGUAAUCUUCUGCCAGGUAAUCGAGACGAGCGACACCUCGGACCUCGCCCGGCUCCAGGGCUUCGUCGCCUCGAUCCAGGGCGCAAAGGAGUUCACCGAGGCCUCGGCGCGGCUGUGCCGCCUCUUCCAGGUGCUCUACAACGUCGCUCUCCGGUACGUCGAGAUGCGGAGUCACGGCGGCAUCGGCAGCGGGAACAACAACGGCGUCGGUGGCAACGCCCAGCAGCAGCAGCAGUCGGAGGAGCAGGGCCAGGAGAUGGACAAGUACCUCACGGCGCUCGGGUUCCCUCCCGCGUCUGGGCAUCCUCAGCAGCAGCAUGCGCAGCAGCAGCAAUCGUCGGACGUGGGGUCGGAGCAGAUGUCGGGGAUGACGGGCGGAGAAGCAGAGGACGGGAUGAACGGCGCGGGCGUCGCGGGAUCGGGCGCGCUGAACCAGAUGAUGUGGAUGGGGAACGCGGCGCAGUUGGAGGAUUGGUUUUAUAGUAACCAGCAGAUGAUGGGGCUUGUCGAGGACGACGACUCGUUUUUGCAGUGAGCGGUUCUGGGUGUAGACAUUGUUUGGCCAUGGAAAGGGGUUGGACAUGGCGAUAGACACUGGGUUUGCGACGGGGCAUCAUGGCCGACGGACGGCAAUGUUCAUAUUCAAAAGGCUACAGUGGGAAAAGGAAAUCCGGA